AUCAUGGCCGCAUCACGUCAAGAGCGUAUUCAGAAGGCCUUCUUAAUACGCUCUUGAUACGAUGUAACUCCCUGCCUAACUGUACAGGCUUCGAUGUUUGUACCUAUGAUCCCACCAGUCCGGAACACUUACGUACGGCAAGUUUACGCGGCCCUCGGGGCCAAUCCCGUGUAUGUACGUUACAUGCGCGCGCACUGCAACACACGAGCGUGUCCGCUUCUGUCGCGUAUUAUGUAUUCUAGUCCAACUUGUUCUCACGCACUCCGCGUGUUUGUCUCUCCAAGCGGGGUCGCGUUGCGCGCGUAUAUCCUAUAUAAAUGUAAUCGAUAGAAACCGUAUGAGUAGUCUACUACUAAUGUGAACGUUGUUCGUCGCAUCGUAUAACCGAACACGAUUGAAGAUUAUAAUGUAGUUUCACAUGUGAUAUAUACCGAUCUGUGUAUUCUUCCGAGGGAACGAACACUCAACGCGCCGCUAACACACGGAAAAACAUGGACAAGAUCACGUCCGUGUUGAUCCAUAAUGGCACGAACGACCGCCUCAGCGAAAACAGUGCCACCUAGUGAACGAAAGUACUAGGCUAUACUCGGGAAAAGAUCUGUGGGCGGAUCCGAAGCAUGAAUCAUCAUAGCGGGUAGACGGAUCCCAUCUCACACUGUCUACCUUGUCGAGCACUGCUUCCCCCAUCGUCGGAGGAGACUGCGAGUGUGCGUAUAUAUACGAGCUGUACACACAGAGCGGAUCAGUCUAGGCAGCGUGUGCGAACGCGGCAACAUGUGAUCAUAUUAUAAUUUCACUGGCGUGUGUAUGCGUGUGUGCGUGUGUUUUACGGACGACUCACGCGGCUGCUCGGACCAGCGGAGGCGGGAUACGCGGAUAGGAGCGCGCACCCGCAGUGACGCAGUGUGUGGAUUAUUAUAGUGUGGGGGUUGUGCUAACACAUCGUUACCAAGCUGCUGCAGCGUGAGCUCGCCUACACGAGGUAAGGCCUACAAUAACAGCAGCAAUCGUCGUCAACUAGGUCGCAUACAGACCAGUAGGGCCAGUUGGCAGCGCAAUGGAUCCGUUGACUUCGGCAAAUAACUGGUUUACCGAGCGGAAAGGGAUCCAAGACCCGUUUAGAAUAUUUGAGGUCACGCCGGGACAAUGCCUGAAGAUCGACGUUACCGUUGUCGGGGCAACCAACGUGACAAAGGGAAGCAUCGGCGACUACCUCGACACGGCCGACCCGUACGUGUCCGUGCACAUACGCUCAGCUGCCGAGUCCAAGAAGACGACCCGAACGAUAGACAACGAGUUGAAUCCAAUCUGGAACGAGACGUUGACGUUCUACAUAAACUAUCGAGACAGCAUUGACGAGAGUAUACAUGUGACGUUAAUGGAUGCUAAUUAUCUACUCGACGAAACGCUAGUGCAGACGACACUCUAUGUAAAGGACCUCACCAUCGGAAAAACCAAACACUUUUCACUGGAAUGGGAAAAUGCAACGAAACUCGAAUUGGACAUAUUAGCAGAAUUCUCUGAGCCAGCGCUAAGAUUCAGCCUGGCAUUGAGUGACGACGAGAAGGCAUUCCUGAAAGCACGGAAGCAGCGAGUGUUUCACAGCAUGCAGCGGAUACUGGGCGACCGCGGACCACGCAACCUAGACGAGGUGCCCACGAUCGGCGUCCUAGGGUCCGGUGGAGGCUUCCGCGCCAUGGUGUCACUGAGCGGCGUGUUCAAGGCGCUGUCGGACACAGGCCUAUUGGACAUGGUCACCUACGUAGCUGGACUGUCCGGCUCGUCCUGGUACCUGGCGUCGACGUACUCGGAUCCGGACUGGCCGGCGAAGACGCCGGGACAGGUGCAGGAGGAGUUGCGUGCCAGCAUGGCGGCGAGCUGGGUGCAGCGUUCGCUCACCUACGCGACGAUGUCCCGCUACGUCGGCACGGUGAUGCAGAAGUACCGCAACGGACAGCCAAUCAGCUUCACGGACUUCUUCGGCCAUCUUGUCGGCGACACGAUCCUUGGCGACGUGCGUGAGAGAACAAAUCGGAAGGACAUGAAACUGUCAGCGCAGCAGGACUGUGUGAAGGAUGGGCUGUGUCCACUGCCGCUGUACACCUGCCUGCACGUGAAGGAGUCGGUGGAUGCGCGAAGAUUUCACGAAUGGGUGGAAUUUAGUCCAUACGAAGUCGGCAUGGCGAAGUACGGAACGUUCAUGAGAACGGAGCUGUUCGGAAGCAUGUUCUUCACCGGGUCUCUCGUCAAAAGAUUUCCCGAAUCUCCUCUGCACUAUCUCAUCGGUGUGUGGGGGAGCGCCUUCUGCAUCCUAUUCAAGCGUCUAGUCGAGGCAAACAAGCCGUCAUUGAUUCCUACCGACACAGGCGGAGAGGAGGAACUAGCACGAAGCAAUGUCGAUGACGAAACUGAUCAGGCGGAAAUAAUCAACAACAGUGACGACGACAGCGACGAUGACGAUAGCAGUGACGAGGACGACGUUGACGCUGCCGACAUCCCGCGCACUCGCGCCGAGAGAGAGGAAGCGAAGCGGAAGAGGGAAGAGGGAAGAGAACUGAAGCGGCGAGGACGCUGGCAGAACAUUCUAAAGUCGGCGUUCACUAGUCGAAGCAUGCCCUUCGUGGGUUCCCGGGCAGGCCGUGCUGGCAUGGUGCAUAACUUCAUGCGGGGCGUGUCGCUGGAGACAACCUAUCCGAUAUCGCCCUUCUCAUCGAUGGACGAAGUAGACUCCGCCGAUACGACCGGUAUCACAAAUCCAUUCAAGGACAUUCACAAACCGCUGCGGACAAAGAAGAAGCGCAUCUACCUCGUCGACAGUGGCCUGACGUUCAACUCUCCCUACCCGCUGCUACUGAGACCGCAGCGAGGCGUACGACUCUACUUGUCCUUUGAUUUCUCCGCACGUGAGACCGACGCUAGCCAGCCAUUCAAGGAAUUGAAAUUGGCCGAGAUCUGGGCUUUGAAAAACUGCAUACCGUUUCCGCCCAUCGACACGUCCGAGUUUGAGAGAGAAGGCAUGAAGACGGUGUUCGUAUUCAAGGAUGACAAGAACCCGGAAUGCCCCGUCGUGCUACACUUCCCGCUGGUCAACAUCGACUUCCGCAGAUAUAAAAAGCCAGGCGUGCCCAGAACGACGAGAGAGGAACUAGACUUUGCCGACUUUUCGCUGUUCGAAGAUCCAAACUCGCCCUACUCGACCUUCAACUUCACCUACACCGAACAGUCGUUCAACCGCCUGGCUCAGCUCACCGAGUUUAACACGCUACAGAAUGUCGACGUCAUCAACGCCGCCAUCGCCGACGCGAUCCUACACCGCCGACGGAAUCCGCCGACGAAUCCACUCGCGGCGCUGACUCGCCGACGAAACUUCAUGCGCCAGUUACUGCGCAGCAACCAAGCGACGGUGGCGUCGCCUGGCGACGGCGAAGAGAAAGUUGACGCUAAGGAGGAGAGCGGCGACGCUAAGGAAGAGGAAGAGGAAGAGGAAGUGUGGUACGACGCAGUGGAGACGCUCCCACGACGUGUCGUGUUCGAGGUUACACGUAACACGUUACACUACGUAUAGACGCUGUUAGUUUUCACACGUCGGCAUCAGUAAAGACACGUUUCACUCUACCGUCUCGUAAGACAAUGACGUGACGGGAAGGACAAGGAAAUAAAAUGUCGUUCACCACCCUCACGAAAUCACAGACAGGAUGGUGUCAUCGGGUUGAUAUCAUUUAGCAUAUAAUACGACAUUCCUUCGAGGUCACGAAUUGUUGAGAGGGAUCGACGAUAUAUGCCAGCUAUGCCGAUUGGUGGAGAAUUCGCAUCACCGGCGAAGAAGCAUGUCACUAACUAGACAGAGGGCACUCACGGAGAGUGCAUAGCUCCGCGAGCAUGUAACAUGUAUGUGCUCGCUGGUGGUGG